AUGUCGAUAAACAAAUCGCCAGCAGCGGCCUUGGAGCCGGCUCACACAUUUGCGCCGAACCAAGGUUACGAUUAUGCCAAUAACGACCAAGAACAAGCUGGUGGCGUCUCACUGGACGAAGGCAUUGAGGAUGAACAAGACGACUACUACGAUGACUUGUUCGAGGACAGCGCCGACGAGGUCAAUGACUCUGAGAUUACUUCUUCCAACCCUGCCGACUUUACCAAAUCCUACAACCGCCAAAGACGUCUGAACGACGACCAAGUCUCCUCAACCCAAAAGCCCAAGACCAAUCCUGCCGGCCACAAACCUACCGCAAACACUCGUUCUAGCGUCGACGACCAGGUCCAGAGCUUGGCCCAACAUGCCUCUAAGCUGCGCCUUAACAAUCUCGAGGCUGGCUUUGGCGGCGGCAAGCAAGAAAGAGGAGGCGGCAAGGACAAGAGCGACCGCGCCACCAGCGAACAAGUCUUGGAUCCCAGAACUCGUAUGAUUCUUCUGCAACUCCUGAACAAGAAUGUUGUUUCCGAGAUCAACGGUGUCUUGUCAACCGGAAAGGAAGCCAAUGUCUACCACGCUGCAACAGUCCCCGAGUCCCACGACGACUCGGAAGGUCCUGCUGCCCCUCUACACAGAGCCAUCAAAGUCUACAAGACGAGUAUUCUGGUCUUCAAGGACCGCGACAAGUACGUCACUGGAGACUUCAGAUUCCGUGGCGGGUACAACAAGAGCGACAACCGCGCCAUGGUCAAGGUCUGGGCAGAGAAGGAGUUCAGAAACUUGCGUAUCCUACACGCCGCCGGCAUUCCCUGCCCUGACCCUCUUUACCUCCGUCAACACGUCAUGGUCAUGAGCUUCCUGGGCAACAAGAAGGGAUGGCCUGCACCUCGUCUGAGAGACGUCGACUUCCAAUUAUCCACCGAAGAGGAGAAUGCCGCCAAGUGGAGAGAAAUGUACAUUCAAUUGCUCGGUUACAUGCGCGUCAUGUACCAGACCUGCCGCCUGGUCCAUGGUGAUUUGAGUGAAUACAACCUGAUGUACCACCAAGGUCGCAUCUUCGUUAUUGAUGGCAUCGACUGUCUGCCCGAGAGAGCCAUCUUUGGCUUCAUCACAUCUGAGCAAGGCGGUGUUGAGACUCCUCAGAUGGAGGACCUCAUUGCCAAGAUGUACGAGACCAGAGAACAACAGGGCAAUCAAGAUGACGAGGAAGUCGACAACCAAGUUUUCAGACAACAAUACAUCCCCCAGACUCUCGAGCAAGUUUACGAUGUCGAGCGUGAUGCUGCACGAACCGCCAACGGAAACGAAGAUGCUGAGGAUGACAGCGAUGCCGAGGGCUCAGAAAGCGAACAGUACGAUUCAGAAGACCCUGACCGACCGCGUAGAAAGCGCAACGAGGGCGAAAGACCCAGAGGCAAGCGUUUCGAGGACAAAGAUACCAAGAAGGAGCACAAAAAGGCAGUCAAGGAAGAGAAGCGCGAGAAGAGAAAAGAAAAGAUGCCCAAGCAUCUCAAGAAGAAGCUCAUCAGCGGUUCUUCUCGCGGCAAGCAUUAG